CCUUCGCCAAAAUUGGAAGGCCCAGAAAAUCCCGUCAAAUUGGAGCAAUUUCAGUUUAUUAAAGUCCACGUGGGAGAAUCUGAUUGGUUACACUUCCCCGAAAUCUUCAUGCCUUCCCAUUUCUUAGGGUUUUCGUCUCCCUAUUCUUUAUUCUCUCCCCUCUUUCCGGUCGGUGCCGGGAAAUCCAAGUUUCCCGACCGAAUUCCGAUCGAAGAUUGUUCCUUUUUUCUCGUCAAAAUCUCGAAACUCGAAGAACUUCCCCGCGCUUUUUUGAAACCGAGAGUCCUCAGUUCUUGUUGUUUUCCAAAUCGCUUCAUUUUCCCGCUUCACCUGUUCUCAAUUUGUUUAAUCAAUAAAUCGAGCUGCAAAGCCUGCAAAUUUAAUAGGUUUUUAGCGGUUUGAUUGUAAUCACCUGAUUUGACGUAGAAAUCAAAUAAGUUUCUACCUCUUGGACUGGAGAUGGCAAGUCAAAGUGGUUCAUGGAGGCGAAGUUCAUCAGUGGUGAACUUCUCUUCAGGCCGGAAAAAAACAUUGGAUAAUGGAGGUUCCGACUCCGGCCGAAAACUCUUACCAUCUUCUCGUCCUAUGGGACUAGCAGGAGAGCGUACUGUGAAGAGGUUGCGGCUGUCAAAGGCUCUGACGGUACCUGAGAGUACAAGCAUUUAUGAGGCUUGCCGUAGGAUGGCUGCUCGUAGAGUUGAUGCGUUAUUGCUUACUGACUCUAAUGCAUUACUUUGUGGGAUCCUCACAGACAAGGACAUAGCAACAAGAGUGAUUGCUCAGGAACUUAAUCUGGAGGAGACUCCGGUUUCCAAAGUAAUGACUAAGAACCCUGUAUUUGUUCUUUAUGACACUCUUGCUGUGGAGGCACUCCAGAAGAUGGUGCAAGGAAAAUUUAGACACUUGCCCGUUGUAGAGAAUGGGGAAGUCAUUGCUUUACUCGAUAUAGCUAAGUGUUUGUAUGAUGCGAUUGCUCGAAUGGAAAGGGCAGCUGAAAAGGGAAAAGCUAUUGCUGCAGCUGUUGAAGGUGUAGAAAAAAAUUGGGGAACAUCUUUGUCUGGUCAUAAUACAUUCAUUGAAACACUUCGAGAGCGUAUGUUCAAGCCCUCACUGUCUACGAUUAUUACUGACAAUCCAAAGAUUGUAACAGUUUCACCAGAUGAAACAGUUCUAGUGACUGCAAAAAAGAUGCUUGAAUCUCGAUUAAACUCUGCAGUUGUGACAGUUGAAAACAAACCACGAGGGAUUCUAACUUCAAAGGAUAUAUUGAUGCGAGUAAUAGCACAAAAUCUGCCUCCAGAGACUACUCUAGUGGAGAAGGUCAUGACUCCUAACCCAGAAUGUGCAACAGUUGACACGCCCAUUGUUGAUGCUUUGCAUACCAUGCAUGAUCGGAAAUUUUUGCACCUUCCUGUGGUAGAUGGAGAUGGAGAGAUAGUUGCAGUUGUUGAUGUAAUCCACAUUACACAUGCCGCUAUUGCCACAGUAAGCCAAGUUGGGAGUACUUCUGGAAUCAAUAAUGAGGCUGCCACAACAAUGAUGCAAAAAUUUUGGGAUUCUGCAAUGGCCUUACCUCCCAAUGAAGAUGAUGAUGAGACACGAAGUGAUAAUUCGUUGAAGCUGCCUUCUGAUGGAGCAGAGACAGGGAGAUCUCUUCCCUAUCCUUCAUCCAAUAUGCCAAAUACAUUUGGUUUCAAAAUACAAGAUAAAAGGGGCCGAAUGCAUAGAUUCACUUGUGAUACACGGAGUAUGACUGAUCUAAUAACUGCAAUCCUUCAGAGGCUGGAGGAUGACAUAGACAGGAAUAGGGUGCCUCAAAUUCUGUAUGAAGAUGAAGACCAUGACAAAGUUGUAUUGGCAUCAGACAAUGAUCUUGCAGCGGCAGUGGAGCAUGCUAAAUUAGUUGGGUGGAAGGGUUUGAGAUUGCAUUUAGAUUAUUCAGGAACACAAAGUCGACGAAGGGGUUCUGGUUCGGGAAGCUUGGAUUAUGCUCAGUCUGAUGCGUGGGCUGCUGCAUACAGUGCUGUUGCAGCUGGGGCUGCAGUUGUGGCUGGACUGAGCUUAUUAGCAUACUUGAGGAAAGCCGGCAAUUAGCAUUGUUAAAAACUUCCCACUUAUAAAUGAUAAAUGUCAAGAACAAAGCAACACCUUUCUUUUAGUCUGAAUGGCCAACUCGGCUUUGUCACUCCUUGUGCUUGAUUUCUUUCCUUGCUUUAUUAGGUCAACACUCAACAGUGUACAAAUGAAGAAUCAUUCUUUUCUGGGGCUGCUUGAACCGUGGUUGUCUCCAUUAUUUAUCACUGAAAGUUUUACAACUUAAUGAAGGGUGGAAUCACUAUGUAUAACAAAAAUAGACAGUACCUUUGAUGAAAUACAAUUUGCUUCAGAUUUUCUAGUUCGGAUUCCCUGGAUUAUGAAUGCUCUCAACCAUAAUGCAUCUGCAGAAACAGGUCCAAACAGCAAUACGGGGCAGUCUUUAUUUCCAAGUCGUAUCAACAAGGUUCAUUUUGCUAACAAUUUAUGCUUCAUGAGAAGCACCAAAAUAAGCCAGAUUGUUUUGCACUGACGAUGAACUCACAAGAAAUCCCAUUUCAAUGACAGAAACUGCAAAAAAGUAUGGUAUUAUCUAGUAUCCAAUCUAAUGAUCUAACAGCUAUUCAUACAGCUUAAUACAGCAGGCCAUAUUGGUUGAAAUUUUCAUCCAAAUAGCAAUAAAAAUCAAAGAAUUCCAUAUCUGGUGGAUUAUAAUUCACAUUGCCAGAAAAAAUGGAAGCCAAAAGGGAAAUUUUAAAUGUAACCAAGUAUGCAAGGCAACCUUCUAUCUAUGAAUAAGAUGCCUUUUAGAGAGCAUGUGAUUAGU